CUUGUUAGUCUGUGGCUCCACACAUUGCAUUGCUUUUGAGCACUUCAGCAAUUUACUUGUGAAUUUUAUAAAGCACUGGUGACUGCAAAGCAUGUAAUGAGAUGAUUCCUUGAACUUCACGCUGGUAUUCACUUUGACUGCUGCAAAUUCAUGGGCAUAUUCACAAUUGACACAUCCACUCUGUGGUGGCAUCCUAGGGAAUAGGGAUCAUUAUCUUACGAACUGCAACACAUGGAAGAUGAUAAGGGAAUGAUCUGACAUCUCCACUAGGAUAGUGAGGAAAUGGCCAGCUGUGUUUGCUGCUGCAAUGGUGAGGAACUUGGUUUCCGAAGGCACGGUGAGAACAUAAUUGUGGAACAGGGGUCAUUGGCUGAUCAUUUUGGAGGAUGCUAAUGGACUAGGGACCUUCCUAGCUUUCGUGGUGAACAAUAAUAUCUAGCUCUUCGGUGGCCUCUGCAAAUUCAGGAGCUUUUUUUUAAUAACAAGCAUAACUUUAUUUAGCAGCACCGUGCUGCAAGAAGGGAGAAGCACUCCCAUUGUACAGAAGUUAAUGCAACCCGUAGAGGGCAGGAAGUUACAUGAUCUUGAUUUGAGCAUGCAUGACCUGAUUGUAAGUGUUUGAGUUGGUGGAUAUCCUAGCCUGUUUUGCUAAAAGGUGAGCAGUGUGGUUUUGGUUCCUUGCAAUCUUGAAAACCUUCGGUCUAUUCCCAGAGUUGAAGUUGAUGAACUGUUUGAGUGAAGAAUUUGAUGGUCCAAUCUGGAGGUGAAGAGUGGUUGGAACCGUUGAACAAAGUCACCAGCUAUUGAAAAAAGGUGGACAGAGAUUGAGCAAUGAAGCCAGCAUUGCUGCUAGGCUAGUGCAGCUGCCUCAGCCAUUAGCACAGAAGUGGCGUUGGAGAUCAUUUCCUGAUUGUAAAUGGACUGUGCUGGGUGUGCCUGGGUGUUUAUGAUGAACACUCCAAGAUCAUCCCUCCUUGAUGAAGGACUGUUUUGAUCUGGGUCAAUGGAUGCAUCUGAGUAGCAUCUUGUUCCUGGUAGAAGAACCAGUAGCAUAGAACUAUACAGAGGUGGUGUCGAUGUGGUGCUGUCGCCGAUGAGUGUCCUGUGUGGAUGGUCGUUGGUGCUUCUUGUUCCCUAGGGCUGUGCCACCUGCGUUGAACCUUCAUUUGAUGGAAACAUACCAUGAUUUGAUUGGUGGAGGUUAUGUGCGCUGAAGUCAUCAUGUUGGUGUGGCUGUUGUUCCUUGGUUUGUUGAUCUGGUUCCUGCUCCUUUUGCAGCAAGUUUACUUUGAUAUCUGCCGCCACGACAUUAUGAACCUUUUGUCAUUCCUGGCUUUCCAGAUGUACCACAAAGUGGUGACUAGAACCUGCAUCUGUUCAUCUGAUGUUUGCUGAUCGAUCAAUAUUGGAAGUAUUUCCUGUACUUCAUCUUACUCAAGAUGGUAGCAUGGAAGAACACAGGAGGAUUUGCAGAACAAAUGAGCAUCAUUUCAGUGGUGUUACAAGUAGAAUAGUACUUACUUAUUUUAGUUGAGUACUUCCUGCUCUUUCACCAGCUGCUAUUGCUCGUCUGAUCAGCCUCCAAAGAAAGGUCUUGAUACAGGGUGGCAAGGUCUUGUGUUUCCAUGCUCUCUUGAGGAAUGUACAUAGCCUGAGAUGGAAAUGCUUCUGGAUCCCUGCAUUGGUAAUUGUACCUGGGAGUUUGAGUUUAAAAGCUCAUUAGCAGUGCAUAUACCUUUUGCCACUGGUUUCCAUCUUAUGAUGUCAGUCUCAUUGGAGGAACAGUUUGAAGCUGAGUGAUUUCUUGGGUGGCCUCAUGGCUGAAGAUGCUUGAGAUGAGGGGAGUGUUCCAAAUCUGAGUGUUCAGGAUCCAGAGUUCAGCCACAUUUAGAGGAAGAGAGGGCUGAGUGACAGGAAGAUUAAGAUGAGAGUGAAUGGAUUCCCAGAGGUUGCACCAUGGGGUCGACCAGAUGCUGGAGUUGCCUUGGUGGAUUUGGAUAAUGCAAUGUUGGUGAAGGGUAUCCUUGAGCUGCAGGAGAGGCCCGGAAGAUGGAUUUGGGUCUGUUGUUUUUGGCUGUCCAGAAGGAGUUGUCAGGGAAAUAUUUGGACAAUUGCAGUGAGAUAAGGGUCUUUGGCAGUAACAAUGUUCCAGGCAGCUUGUAGGAUAAGGCUUAUAUUUACAAUCCAAGCCCCCAUUAUCUAAAUUCAGGAGCACUGUAAGCUCAAUACCAUGCACUGUGCAGUGUACUGGAGCAGCUGAGUGUUCUCUUAUCAAUUGCCACACAUACGAGUGAAGAGAUGAUGGAUGAAUGAUUUGCCAUCUUCAUUGGAUUAAUGGAUUGUGAGGAAACUUGGUAUUUCUGCAACAUAAGAGGCAUUGACAGAUGUUUUAAAGCAUGGUAUUCAUGGCGAUUUUGGUGAUCGGCAAUGUUCUUGAGGGGCUUUGCGCUCACAAGUACGCCUAGCUGAAAACAACUUCUGUCAGCCGGUGAAAUGCCAUUCGAUGCACUUGCCUAACUGGCUCUGCAUUCUGGCAUUCAGAGGUGUUGUUUGUAUAGAACUUGUUAUCCUAACUUAUCUGAUUCUGUUAGUGUUUGAUUAUUAAUUUAUGACAAGGCAUAAUUUUCAACCAUCUUCAGAUGACGCUUGAAUUUAGAAACUAGCUCAUACUGCAGAAGCUGUUUAUACUUUAUACUUGAGAAGCAAGAAACCGUGAGUGUGACAACCAGAAUGAGAUCUAAAUCUGACGCAAUAGCCAGAAGAACUCAGGUUGGACAGUGUGGUCCGUUCCAUUGGGGGUUCCCUGGGGACCUAGACCAGAUGGCCGGGCUGUUCACCGAGCAGGCUGCUGUGUACGCCGCAGCACGCCCGGCGUACCCGAAGGAUCUGUUUGCCAAGCUCUCGGCGCUCACCGCUCACCACCGCCGCGCUUGGGACGUCGGUACUGGCAAUGGCCAGGCCGCCAUCGGUGUUGCUGAGCACUACGACAGCGUGGUGGCCACGGACGCGUCCGUGGAGCAGCUGCGGCACGCCACGCCACACCCCAGGGUCCGGUACCUGCACACCUCCGACGCCUUGCCGGAGGACGACCUCGUCGCCAUGCUGGGCGGCGAGGCCAGCGUGGACCUCAUCACGGUGGCUCUGGCCGUGCACUGGUUCGACCUCCCGGCGUUCUAUGGCGUGGCGUGCCGCGUCCUGCGGCGGCCCGGCGGGGUGAUCGCGGUCUGGGGAUACAACUACCGCAUGAGCCCUGUGGAGGACAUGAUGGCGCGCUUCUUCGACACCACGCUGCCCUACUGGGACCCCCGAGCUCGGUACUGCACUGACGGAUACCGGGACCUGCCGUUCCCCUUCGAGGACAUCGGGCUCGGGAAGGAAGGAGAGCCGGCGAGCCUCGACAUGGAGCAGGAGAUGUCGUUCGAGGGCCUGAUCGGCGUGCUGAGGUCGUGGUCGGCGGUGACAACGGCCAAGCAGCAGCAGGGCGUGGACCUGUUGGGGGAGCGCGUUGUGAAGGAGCUGGAGGAAGGGUGGGGAGGGGCAUCGCUGGUGAGGAAGGUCACCUACAAGGGCUUCCUGCUGGCAGGCACCCCGGGGCCCACGGCUGAUGAGUGAUGUUGUUCUUAGAGCAAGUUUAAUAAUACAGACCACUUGCUGGUCGUAAGGUUUUUUUGCAGCCUUCUCUUAGCUCACUCAUACAAUAGUUAGCUAUUUACUAUUAAUACAUGACCUAUUUAUCUUUCUUAAAAAGUUUCUCCUUUCUCUCCUCCCUUCUCUUCUCCAUCUCUUCUCUUCUCCAUCUCAGUAUUUAGCUGGCUUACAGGCCACUAUAAUACUUGCUCUUAGGGCAGUCCUAAUGCUAGAAAUUACAUGUAAUUUUUAUACCUACUAAUUUACACUACAUAUAGAAAUUAUGGUCUCAAUAGAUUGUUUCAGUAGAAUAAUUUUCUUAUCCAAUUACAUUCAUCCUCUCUCUCCA